GUUCUGCGGAGGGGGCGGGGAGAGCUAUACUCAGCGAGGCGCGGCCGAGGCAGUAGGUUGGCGUUGAGGUGUCACUCACUGGAGUCAGUGCGGGAGGGCGGAGGCAGUGGAAGAGAAGGAGGGGUCACAGAGCUCGGAUAAAUGUCAUUCCCAAGGAAAAAAAAAUUUGAUUGCAAGAAUUUAAAGAAUACUGAAACAAAAGAAGACAACUUCUAUGUAGAUAAAAUAUGGUUUCAGUGUGAGAAUGAGAAUUGUUUAAAAUGGAGGUUGUUAUCUAGUGAAGAUGCUGCCCAAGUUGAUCGCAAUGAGCCAUGGUUUUGCUUCAUGAACACUGACCAAAACCAUAACACCUGCUCUGCUCCUGAAGAAUUCUUUCCUGAAGAGACUCAUGUUCUUAAAAGUGGAUUUAAAUAUGUCUAUUCACAACUUCCUAUAGGAAGUCUAGUCUUGGUGAAAUUUUGCAAUUGGCCAAGUUGGCCAGCUGUACUUUGUCUUGAUCCUUUAAUGGGGGAGUAUGUGACCUGUGACCUUGAUGGAAAUGUUGAACAGUAUCAUGUAGAAUUCCUGGGUAAUCCUCAUUCAAGAAAAUGGAUAAAAGCAAAUAGUGUUGGCCAUUAUAGUAUCACUUUAAAGCCAGAGAAAUGCAAAUUUAAUAAAAGAUGGUAUGAAACUGCCUGCCAAGAAGCAUACCUGUUAUAUGCAUUUUCUCAUGAGCAAAGACUAGAGAUGUGUCUUCUAUCAAAAAGAGGGAUGACUUUAGUGGACAAACCUGAAGCAAAUGCUAAAGUUGCCAUGAAAGCCAAGAAAAAAAUGAAAAGCUCCAAAAAUGAUAAUAAAUACAAAAAGUAUGGUUUUAGAAAAAAUAAAAGGAAAGGACUCUUCAAAUACUCUUUUGAAAUAGUCUGUUCAGAUGAUGCCUUAUUAAAGGAAAACAUGGUUGUCUCUGAGACAGAAGAUGUACUAAAAGAUCUGGAACAAAUGCUGAAGGAAGCAGAAGAACCUGUGAAGACAUUUGGGGAGGCAGAUGCAUAUGGGAAUGAAAUACAAGCAGGAAGAAAGGUGUCUCUGUGCAACACGGAAGCUUCAGAAGAUAUCCCAUGUGAAAACCAGUUUGAAGAGGAUUGUCUUAUAAUUGAUGGAAUAGCCUUCAGAACUGGAGAAUGUAUUGAGGAUAUAACUGACAAGUUUAAAGAAAUAGAUGCUUUGAUGUCUCAAUUUUAGACUAGAAUGUAAAUGACUAAAAAUGAUCUAUUCUUGAGGCUAUCCAUUUUCAGAUGACAAAGGCAUUUAAAAUAUAAGGUGCAAAAGGCAAAAGCAAUACAGAAAUGAUACAUUUAUUCUUUAAAAUUUUAUUACUUGACUAAGGCAAGAGCCAAUCAAAUGAUGUCUGUGUGUGUUUAAGAUGAAAAUAAAUAAAAAUUUAACAUUUA